UGGUCUCUCCUUCAUCCAGACCUUUGGCGAUCUGUCUAUUAAUCUGUGUCAUAACAGUGCCGGACUCGUGUCCUUGAUUUCGUUAGUGCAGGACGAGGAGACUCCAAACUCGAGUCGUUCUCCGAAGAAGAGAGAUCGUCCCCGAGAAAAUCCUUCCGAAAAAUCGUAUUCGUACUCGUCAACGGCCUAUAACAUGCUCACGACUGUCGUAAGAACCGUCGUUCGUCGCUCGUUCUCCACUUCAAAAUGGGCAGCAGCACAGCAGAUGACUGUGCGAGAUGCUUUGAACUCAGCCCUGGAUGAGGAGAUGGAGAAGGACGAGAAGGUGUUCCUUCUUGGUGAAGAAGUUGCUUUAUACGAUGGUGCUUACAAGGUCUCUCGUGGUCUUUGGAAGAAGUACGGAGACAAACGUGUCAUUGACACACCAAUUACAGAAGCUGGUUUUGCUGGUAUUGCAGUUGGAGCUGCAAUGGCUGGCCUGCGACCGGUCUGUGAAUUCAUGACAUUUAAUUUCUCGAUGCAAGCGAUCGAUCAUAUCAUCAACUCUGCUGCCAAGACGUUUUAUAUGUCUGCAGGUAGAGUCAAUGUGCCAAUAGUGUUUCGUGGUCCCAAUGGUGCUGCUGCUGGUGUUGGGGCACAGCAUUCACAAUGUUUUGGUGCUUGGUAUAGUCAUUGUCCUGGUUUGAAGGUAGUAUCACCUUACAACAGCGAAGAUGCUAAAGGUCUGCUGAAGGCAGCUAUCCGAGAUCCAGAUCCGGUGGUAGUACUCGAGAAUGAGAUACUGUAUGGUGUACAGUAUCCCAUGUCUGAUGAAGCUUUAUCUAAGGAUUUUGUCUUGCCCAUUGGCAAGGCGAAGGUGGAGCGAGUGGGCAAUCACGUGACGUUGGUGGCACAUUCCAAGGCUGUAGAAGAAUCCCUCGAAGCGGCUAAUGAACUUGCCGGGAAAGGAAUCGAAGCCGAGGUGAUAAAUCUUCGUUCUCUCAGGCCGUUGGACACAAAUACUAUCAUACAAUCUGUGAUGAAGACGAAACAUUUGUUGACUGUCGAACAAGGCUGGCCGCACUGUGGUAUCGGUGCAGAAGUUAGCGCAAGAAUCGCCGAAAGUGAAGCUUUUUAUCAUCUCGAUGCACCCGUAAUUCGCAUUACGGGAGUAGACACGCCAAUGCCAUACGCAAAAACCCUGGAGAUAGCGGCUCUGCCACAGGUCAAAGACAUAGUGAAUGCUGUUAACAAAGUAUUAGGAGUCACGCAGUAAUCGCAACGGUAUGCAAGUACUUAGGUGAAAUUGCUAUAUUUCUAUGAUUUUCCUAACACAUUGUGGUUUUCCUUCCGGUUCACUGUUUUUCUAUCUGGUAUAUCCUAUUUUUGGUCAAUCAUUGAUCAAUACAAUAAUAGAAUAAAUACACAGAGAGAUGUAAAUUAAGAGAAGAGGUAAAUAAGUACAAACAAGUUCUGUGAAGAUAUUACAUAAUACUCUAUCACCGCCAGAUAGAAUUUGAAAAACAUUUCCUUAUAAGUUUUAAUCAUGGAACUCUUACAAGAAAGUAAAUUUUUAGGAAAAGGGAGCAUUUGUACAUUUAUUACAAUGUAUAAAUGAAGUUCAAGCAAAUGUACAUACAUACCUCUUCACAUUAAUGCGCAAGAUAUGUAUUCUCUAUACAUGUCAUGAAUAGAUAGAAUAUGUGAUAUCAAUUACAAUUAUAUGUGUAAAUACGUACUAGUAGUUAGCAAUAUUUUAUCAAAUUACGUAAAAUUAUGUACAGAUGCAUUCAAAAGUUCUAUUUUAUUUGAGUCACGUUUUAGUAAAUUAAAAUUAUCUUUUAUUUAAAGAAUAUAUGCGCGCAAUAUUAUAAUCUACUGCCAUAUAUAAAUAUAUAUACAUAUAUAUAUAUAUAUAUAUAUAUAUAUAUAUAUAUCCAUAUAUCUAAGCUGCCCUUUUUCACAUAGAGUUUCACAUCACACAUUAAUGAAAAUAACUUAUAAGAAAAUGUUGAUAGUGCAAUUACUGCAGUUAUAUGCGUUAUUGCCCACAUAUAUUUGACUGCAAAAUUAUAAGCAGCAUAGAGGUGCUGCAUUUGUUUAAUUAUUUAUUACAGAAAAUUAAUAAAUUAAAAUUUAGAAA